GUUGGAAGUGGAGAGAUGUGUUGAGAUUUGAGGAGUCGAAAAAAGUUUCUAAAUCGGUGGUUUACCACCCAAAAGUGGUCAAAAUGCGUUUAAAGUAUAAAAGGACGCUGCAGCUUAUAGGUUUGAUAAGUUUUCUGUGUUGUUUCACGGUGAUUUUGCGUGAAUCGGACCAGGAAAGUCCUGACUUCGGUGGUGAAAAUCAGGUUGUGGAUAGUUUUGGUCUUGACCAAAGACAGACCUUAGUUGGUAGGCGUUCUCUAGAUGAGUAUGUGGAUACUAAGGCAGCCCAUGAUGAUGGCAGGAGAGGAAGGGAUACCUUAGAUGAUGAUGAUCCUGGGGACCAGUAUGUGGAACUGAAAGAUUCUGGGAUAAAACUCCGGUUGAAACCGACGCGUGCUGUCAACCCGAACACCCUGCCAACUCAGAUUGAAGACAUGUUCAUAAGUGUGAAGACAACCAAGAAAUACCAUCAAGGGCGUUUGGAUUUGCUGCUGGACACUUGGGUGUCCCUCGCAAGAGACCAGACAUAUUUCUUCACUGAUACAAAUGACGAAUAUUACCAUAAGAAAACGAAUGGGCACCUUAUCAACACAAACUGCUCUCAGGGACACAAUAGGCAGGAUCUCUGCUGCAAGAUGUCCGUCGAGUACGAUUAUUUCAUCCGCUCAAGCAAAAGGUGGUUCUGCCAUGUCGAUGAUGACACGUAUCUGAAUGUUCCGCGGCUGGUUCAGGUGCUACAGGACUAUAACCACACCAAGGCCUGGUAUAUCGGCAAACCAAGUUUAGCUCAUCCCAUUGAGAUGAAUGAUAAAGACCGUCCAAAUCAAAAAAUAUCAUUCUGGUUUGCCACUGGUGGAGCCGGCUUCUGUAUCAGUAGAGCGUUGGCCUUACAGAUGAUGCCACAUACUGCGGGAGGCAAACUGAUGGACAUUUGUGAUAAUAUCCGUCUUCCAGACGACUGCAGCAUCGGUUACAUUAUAAAUCAUUUAUUGAAAAAAGAUCUCACUAUUAUUAGAGAUUUCCACUCACAUUUAGAAGGUCUGGGCCUACUCAGCAAGAAAAAUAUUCACCAACAUAUAACGCUUAGUUAUGCACCUUACGGCAAUAAGAUGAACGUCAUCAAUGUAGCAGGGUUUGAUCAAACAAAAGACCCUACAAGGUUCCGGUCCAUUCAUUGUAAACUGCAUCCAUACACCCAAGGGUGCCCGACUGGUGUUCGGUGAUCCGCAACAUGACGCUGUAUCAUCUGAUCAUCAUCCUGGCCGAAGCGUAGCUGUGAUAUUGUUAAUCGUCUUCUCACAAAGGCGGCAACAACAUUGAGAAAAAGAAGAAAUAUAGAGAAAGGGACAACAUGCGGAAAGGGGGGAAUGUGUAAAGACAUUGUGGAUUUGAAAAACUUUAAACACUUUCUGGGACUGCAUUUUUCACUUCAAAAGGACAUGUCAAGACAAGUUUCAUUCACUGGUGUGGAGUUGUCUCUUACGUUUCAUCGGAGUCUACAGGGUAUCAUUACGCCACAUAUUUGGAAAUGUAUUCCCUAUUUAGAAGUAGGGAGGAUUUUGAUGCCGAUCCAGAGAUGAAAGUCAACAUUAGCGAUAUGCUAGGAAAGUAUGCUAACAAGGCUUCCUCUCUCUGGGUUAGCAUUGAAAUCAAUGACUUGUAUUAUCCUACUUCAAUGACUCGCAUUCUGGUAUUUCAUCAUAUAGGAAAGAUAAUUAGGUGAUGGAAGAUGAAAAUGUUUAUCAAGUUUUGUUAUUAGCUGAUUUUGCUUGAGCAAUAUGUAAUAGUUGCUUCAAUAAUUGUAAAUAUGAUUACGAUUUUGCAAUGGAAUCAUUAAAUGUGUUGAAAUUGUCUGUAAUUAAUGGCUGUUGCCAACAUUAUCAGUAUUCUGAAAGAAAUUGGUUAUCCCUCCAUAUCUUAGUCCAUUAUGACUGGCCUAUAAAAAAUUGUCUAGAAUGUUAUGAUAUUGUUCUUUCAAAUGCACAUCUUACUAUAAGGUACCUUUUGGCAGUGUUCAAGGCUAUAUUCUAAACAUAACUUUGCUACAUGUAUGCAUAGGAUAAGAUCACCUACAUUUUUGAAAUAAAGAAACAGACAAUUUUAUAUGCCACUCAUGCAUUAUAUGCCAAAAACAUGCUCAAAAAUACAAAAAUUGAAAGAUUUGGUUAGGUGUAUUCUUGGAUUGCUUACAAAAUUAAUUGUACUUAAUUCUUGUUUUGAACAAGAUUCUAUGUUUGUCAGGUCACAUUUGAAUAGUUCAAUUAUUCUAUGCUAUGUUUUCAAAUCAAUUUUAACUGGUGUGCAGGGAUCUCAGUACAAUCUGGUUUAUUUUUUGAACCAAUGUGUUGGGAUAUCUACCGUCUUGAGUCUGAUUUUGAUUUGCAGAUUUCUCUGGGGAUCUUGGGUGAUAAAAUUAAAGCUGUAGGCUCAAAGCCUUUAAAUAAACUUAAAUUAGAUUGGUGCUUGAUUUGUGGAUGAAUUUGUGUGCUAUUAUGUAAAUAUGUUUAUAGUUGAUGAAGAAUUUUUAUUGUGUUCACAAAUUAUUGUCCGGAAUAUUAUUGUCCAUGAUUGGUGUGGCCUUGAAUGAGGU